ACACUCGAUGGCCAUGCCAGCAACAACAGGUUCCGUAAAAUCACUUAUCAAGAAGCUGCUUUUCCAUUCAUCCUCCAUAGCUGCUCCAAAAAUCUCCCCUCGUCAAUUUUCCGUCAACGCUACGACUAGGCCAGCGGACUCCACUCUUCGGAGCAAAAGCAAGAGAGAGACUCAGAAGCAGAAGCAAAAGGCGGAGUUGCUGCUGAAGAGACGGACACGGUCUGCGAGGGAGCUUGACGAGGAAGGAUUCGAGAAGCAGUACCGAAAUGACAACUCUGCCCAUGUCCCCGUCAUGCUCGGCGAAGUGCUUGACGCCUUUGCCUCGGUACCCCUCAAAUCCUUCGUCGACUGUACUCUCGGCGCCGGCGGCCACUCAGCUGCGAUAAUUGAGGCACACCCUGAGAUGGCACUUUACGUUGGAUUAGACGUUGAUCCUAUUGCCCAUGAGAUAGCUCAAACUCGAAUCAAUGACAUAUUGAAAAAAGAUGCUGGCCGAUCUAGAGCAACCCUACGAGUACAUACUCACUUGAAGAACUUUAAAAAUGUUAAAUCUGUGCUUCAAGAUAUUGAUGGGAAUCCUUUGACUCCUGGUAUUCAAGGAAUCUUGAUGGACUUGGGAAUGUCAUCAAUGCAGGUAAACAAUUCGGAAAGAGGGUUUAGUGUACUUUGUGAUGGACCUCUAGAUAUGCGGAUGAAUCCUCAGUCUAGUUUGAAAGCAGAAGACAUUUUAAAUUUAUGGCCAGAUGAUGAAGUGGGUCGGAUUUUACGGGACUACGGCGAAGAGAGCAACUGGUUCUCUCUCCAAAAGAAAAUCGUCAGGGCUCGAUCAACUGGCGGACUGCAUUCGACACGCGAACUGGUUGACCUCAUUCGUAGCUCAACUUCUUGGACAAGAGGAGGGAGACAAGGCUGGAUAAAGACCGCGACACGUGUGUUUCAAGCCUUGAGGAUAGCUGUGAACGAUGAGCUAAACAUUCUGAAAGAUUCCAUCUACAUGUGUUUCGAUUGUCUUGCCUCAGGAGGAAGGCUGGCAGUCAUAACAUUCCACAGCUUGGAGGACAGAAUCGUGAAGCAGUCGUUUCUGGACAUAAUUAACCAAGGUGCUGAGGGAGGUAAUGAUAAGAACAGCAAAGAGAGGCAUUUGGUGAGUAAUAGUUCCGAAAAACUCAAUGCAUACGAGGAUAAAGAGGCAUGGAUAAAACAGAUGGUGUGUGGACCAAAUGCAUGUGUCCUGACAAAGAGGCCGAUAACGCCAUGCGAGUUGGAGGAGAGGUUGAACCCGAGGAGCCGCAGUGCUAAACUGAGGGUGAUUGAGAAGGUGUGAACUGUGAAGAGAGAAUGUGGAGUCUGUCUGGUUAGUAUUAGCAGGACUUGUGUCUUUUUUCCUCAAGUAUCGUUUGUUCAGCGAGUUAAUUUAAAGUAGGUUUAAGAAAAACAUCUUUGAGGUGAAAUGUAAUAGGUUUUCCAUAACAUAAAAAGAAAAAGGAGAAGAAAAUCCUUAUGGUGUAAUGGCCUGAUGGCUGAUAGUAGUGUUCUUCUGGUUUGUUUGUGUUUUUGCCUGCGUGUGUUGAUUAAAUGACACUCAAUAGAUGACAUUUCUAAGGAUAUACACUCCUUCAAUGUUUUCUUCAUGUUGUUUUAUAAUUUUAUUUUAGUUCAUAUUUGAGCAUGUACAAUCACGAGGACGAAGGGUGGUGGUUUACAAUAUUGCAGUGCGAUGUCAGCAAAUCCGAAGGGAAAUGGUUGUCAAAUUACUACUUUAUUUCUUUUUUUCUUUUUU